AUGGCCGGCAGCAACCAAGAAUACUUCCAGUCUGCCUUAUACCAGAUCCCAGAGCAGGAUCCAGUCAUUCCUGGGGGAACUCCCCAGUGGAGCAACGCGCCCGGAGUAAGUUACAAAGAUCGCGCAGUACCAAACGUAACACAACCUGUGGGAUACCAGCCCACAGACGAGCAACUUUUCAUGCGCACUACAUACGGAGAAUUGCUCCCCAAUGCAGAUUUUCUGAAGCAGCACUUCUUCCACGAGGGUCGUCUAACUGAGGCCCAGGCUUUGUAUAUUCUCCAACAGGCGAUCUCGCUAUUGACUCAAGAACCUAACCUUGUAAACGUAGAGAGUCCUGUGACAAUAUGCGGGGAUAUCCACGGGCAAUACUAUGAUUUGAUGAAAUUGCUGGAGAUCGGUGGAAAUUUUUCUGAUAAUGCCUAUCUGUUCCUCGGUGAUUAUGUUGAUCGUGGAAAUUUUGGAAUCGAAUGUCUGCUUUAUCUAUAUGCGCUCAAACUCCAACACCCAAAGCGCAUCACGCUACUACGAGGAAAUCACGAAUGCCGACAUCUAACGGAAUACUUUACUUUCAAACGAGAGUGUCUCCAUAAAUAUUCACCAGCAGUGUACGAUGCCUGUAUAGCUUCAUUCUGCGCUCUUCCAGUCUCAGCGCUCGUAGAUAACCGCUUUUUCUGCGUCCACGGGGGCCUUUCGCCAGAGUUGGUGACUUUGGAGGAUCUGCGUAGGCUCGACCGGUUCCAGGAGCCUGGGUCGAGUGGCUUAUUGUGUGACCUGUUAUGGUCCGAUCCUGUAGUUAACUUUGGAUAUGAACACGAGCAUUCACAGCAGGGUCCGCCCCUGCCUCCUGGCACCACGUUCGAGCAUAACGGGGUGCGAGGGUGCUCAUACUUCUUCACAUACGAGGCGGCAUGCAAAUUUCUGGAGCGUAAUAACUUGCUGGGGAUUGUGCGUGGGCACGAAGCUCAGGAUGCAGGGUACAUGAUGUAUAGAAAGACACCGACGAAGAAGUUUCCCUCUGUCAUUACAGUAUUUUCUGCGCCGAACUACCUGGAUGUAUAUCACAACCGCGGAGCAGUGAUUAAGUAUGCAAACAAGAACAUCACUAUCCGUCAGUACAACUCGAGUUCUCAUCCAUACUGGCUUCCCAAUUUCAUGGAUGGAUUUACGUGGAGCUUGCCUUUCGUCGGUGCUAAAAUCACAGAGAUGUUGCUCGCGAUCUUGGCAACAUGCAGCCCAGAAGAGCUAGAAGACACCGAAGUUUCUAUCGAAGAGGGAGAUGAAGCCAGCAGGGCCGUUACGGACCUUGCCCUGCCGCCUUCCGAAGUUGCAGCACGUAGGCAGGCGAUUAAGAACAAGAUUCUUGCGGUUGGAAAGAUGCAACGGGUCUUCCAGCUUCUUCGCGAGGAGGCCGAGAACGCAUCGGAAUUGGCUACAGUCGCAGGCGAAGAGGCUAUUGCUGGUUUGGGCCGUGUCGGGUCAGAUUUGCUUACAGCGCAAGGCACGCAGAUGAGGCACUAUAUUCGCAACUUCGCCGACGCUCGCCGCUCAGAUCUGCUGAAUGAGCGUUUGCCGAUAUUCCAACCAACGGAUUCGGUGACUGACUUCCCUGUGGUACCAGCACCGAGUAUGCGGCGUCGCGGCAGCGGCGACAUUGACGGGGUGAGUAUGGAGGAAUUGAUCCGCCGGGCACUAGAGGAACCCGAUGAAGACGGUCUUCAGGGCGGAACGGUGGAACGAAUUGCUGAGCGUGUCGCGAUCGGGAGGAAAGUAACAGGGAAACCAAUGCCUUUGAAGAGAUUUGAGACUGCGUGA